AAGGUCUCAUCCUCGAGAGAGGCUGUAUUUUAGGAAUUGCUGGCCUCUCCCUUCUGAAUGUUCGUGGAAUAGCAAGUCUUUAGUGCAUUAUCAUUCCUGGGGAGUGACAGCCGAAGAAGUCCCUGGUGUGUGAGCUCCCCCUCCCUGCCUUGUUAUCCUCCCACCGUUAUAAUUGCUUCUGUGUCACUGACAUCUUCAGCCCUUCAACCAGUGCUCAACCCGGCACAGUCUCGCCAUCUGCCGAUGUGACACCAACAUUAUGGUCUCCCUCCAUGCCUUCCUAAAUGGGGCUGGGGAAGGGAGCAGAGAUGGCAAGUGUGCCAGCUGGCACCAGUCACACAGAUUUAGACAGUGACAAAUCAUGGCCCUGUACAGGGAGGAGAAAUGGAGUACGCUGAAGGCUGUGCGGGGCCGUCAAUGCAGAGGAGUGGACGCUACUCCUGGAAACACCACCGAGCUGUGUUGAAUCUGUUCGGAACAAAUAUAUCAACUUCUUUUUAAUAUAGGGUCACAAAAGCAUGUUCAGUUGGAAAUAAGACUGGAAAUCAACAUCUGAAUUGUUCAAUUUUUGCUCCUUUUGUGCCUCUAAAUGGUAUGAUGGUGGAUGCUCCGAGGAGUUUGACAAACUGUUAGAAAAUGACACACAUUCUGGCUGUUCAGAGAAAAAGCCAAGGCAACUUGAUUUAUGCUGAUGGCUUGUCAUCAUGGCUGGGACAGUGCUGCUUGCCUACUACUUCGAAUGCACUGACACUUUUCAGGUGCAUAUCCAAGGAUUCUUCUGUCAGGAUGGAGAUUUGAUGAAGCCAUACCCUGGGACAGAGGAAGAAAGCUUCAUCACCCCUCUGGUGCUCUACUGCGUGCUGGCUGCCACUCCAACUGCUAUUAUUUUUAUUGGUGAGAUAUCCAUGUAUUUUAUAAAGUCUACACGGGAAUCCCUGAUUGCUGAAGAGAAAACCAUUCUGACUGGAGAAUGCUGUUACCUGAACCCCUUACUGAGAAGAAUCAUCAGGUUCAUAGGGGUGUUUGCAUUUGGACUUUUUGCUACUGACAUUUUUGUAAACGCCGGACAAGUGGUCACUGGGCACCUCACACCAUACUUCCUGACUGUAUGCAAGCCAAACUACACCAGUACAGACUGCCGGGCACACCACCAGUUUGUAAACAACGGGAACAUUUGUACUGGGGAUCUGGAAGCGAUAGAAAAGGCUCGGAGAUCGUUUCCCUCCAAACAUGCUGCUCUGAGCAUUUACUCUGCCUUAUACGCCACGAUGUACAUCACAAGCACAAUCAAGACAAAGAGUAGCCGACUGGCCAAGCCAGUGCUGUGCCUGGGCACCCUCUGCACAGCCUUCCUGACAGGCCUCAACCGAGUCUCUGAGUACCGGAACCACUGUUCAGAUGUGAUAGCAGGCUUCAUCCUUGGCAGUGCAGUGGCUUUGUUUCUGGGAAUGUGUGUGGUUCAUAACUUUAAAGGAACGCAAGGAUCUCCUUCCAAACCCAAAUCUGAGGAUUCCCGUGGAGUACCCCUAAUGGCUUUCCCAAGGAUAGAAAGCCCUCUGGAAACCCUAAGUGCACAGAAUCACUCGGCCUCCAUGACUGAAGUCACCUGAGAGGACGAACAGGACACAAGCUGUUUUUUAAUCACCUUCCAAUUCAAUACUUCAAAACGCACAGUUACUCAAUGUCCAACUGUGAAGACAAGUAUUAUGUUUAUCUAGUUAGAGGCUAAUGUUUUGUACAUUUUUUGUAUGAAAAAGUGACGUAGCUUGACCUGAUUUUUUUUGUCAGCUUUAACAUAUUUAUGCCGGAAUUUUAAAACCAACAAAAAUUUUUUUCUUCUUCAAGUGUGCAUUGAUGAAUCACAUUUAUUCAAUGGUUGAUGUUGUUUUGUGAUAUUUGUACACAAACCUUCUUUUCUCAGUUUUAUAAACACAAAUAAAAUUAAUAUAACAAUUCACUUUAACUUUUAUUACCACAGUUUCUGCCUCCUCCGGAAUUUUUGAAUUUUAAUGAAAGUUAAACUUUGAGUUUCAGGAAGGACGAUGUUGGUUAAUAGUAAAUCUCAAAAUCAAUUCUGGACAGUAAUAUUCAAAGAGAACUUGGUGUUCCUAUCUAUUAUGAGGCUAUUGUGUCAAAAGUUAUAGAGAAAUCACCUAGUUUACAUUGAAAAUUAGCAGAGAAUCCUAGAUUUGGGGGUGUUUGGGUUGUAGGAUUCUUUCUUAAAUAAUGUCUUCACCCCUCUAAGAUACUCAAAUUGUUUGAAAUCUUGUCCUGGGGUAUCACGUGGCACUGCAGUUUUCUCUCCAACAAGCCAUCAGCACCAGCCUUCCUUACCAACUCGACGGUUUUGUAUAUCGUAUUGUAUGGACUUUCUAUGAGAAUGAAUAUUUUACAGUUUGCGCAGUGUUAUUUUAUGGAAAAGGUAUCAGAGCAUCUACAACAUAGAGCCCUAGAACAGCAGCUUCAUUCUGUGGCUUUUAACGGUUUUAACAUUUUAACUGCAUCCCAUUUUUCUAGCAUGGUGAUAACUAAUGUGUACCUCCUUUGAGAGAAGGAGUUCCUUGUCUAUCAGAAUGUUUUUCUUGACACUUCCAUUUGGUUUUUCUUAGCUUUUUG